AUGGUCAGGUAUCAAAAAUUUUCUUCCCAGAAAUUACGAAUGAAAGCUUGGGGACCGAAAAUAGAUGACGUCAAGAAGAAAGAAACCAAAUGCCACUUAAAAACUCCCAAGCCAUUUCUUAGCACUAGUGACCUUCUUGCAUUUCAUCACAAAUUUUUGAUGGUUAUAACAAUUAUUAAGCAACCUUUACGAAAGCUUACACAGCUUAGAUUAACUAAACCUUUAUUGUUAAGUAUUUUAUUAAUAAUCACAAUUCACUUGUUUGAAAUUUUCUAUUAA